AUGGGUCCGCCUGGUGCGGCGCUGCUCGCUCGCUGCGCUGCACAAAGCUGCGAGAAGCAGGGUGGCCUCCUGAGCUUGAGCAUGGCGCAGCGCGGCUGCUGGUGCUCGAGGGCGGCCGUGCAGUGGCGUGAGGGCCUGAUUGGUGGUGACCUCGUGCUGCUUCAGCGUGCGCAGCAUGCUCCCUCACCCGGUGCUGAGACAUGCUGGUGGGCGACUGGCGCCAGCUUCUCAGUGCUGUCCCUGGCGUUGUGCAGCAUGUCGCAAUACUCCUGCUGCGCUGACCGGCGCGCGGGGCGCGUCGUGCCGCGAGUGGAGCGAGAGGCUCGAGGCGCGCGGCUGUCGGUCAACCCUGCGGCGCAUGCACGCCGCCAAGGCUGCUCGACAGGCGACUGGCAUUGUGGCGACGCGGGCUCUCCUGCCCGCAACCCGAUCCCAAUCAUCCGGCCCGCUGGCCGCUCGGGCGUGCCAGUGGUCGGCCUGGCGCUGCACUGCACAAAGGAUCGCACAAGGCUGCGACAAAAAGGGGAGGCUCCUUUCGAUUUCGCAGGAUCGCACAAGGCAACCGGCGACUUAGUCACAAAAAACAAAACAAAAAUAUACGACGGACCGCUCGCAAGAGACCAUUGGGCCAAGCAAGGCGAGCACUCUCCCUCCAGCCAGCUGCCCUCCAGCCACGCUCCAGCCAGUGCGCGACUCGUGCGCGACUCGUGCCAUAUGCUGCCCGCCGCCCUCCACGCGGCGCCGCUCAUGUUCCUCAUCGGGCUUAACACCGACACCACCGUCGCGAGGCAGAUCACGCUCGCGUCUCCGAAUCGCGAGGCCUUCGCCUGCACUCUGGCUGCAACGAUCGUCGCCAUCCCGGCGGUCUCCAUCCUGCUGCUGCGCGUGCUGGCUCCGCCGGCGCACGACACGCUAGGCAUGCUCACGAUCGCGCUGCUGCCGGGCGGCCCGAUGGCCAACGUGAUCGCCGUCCUCGCCGGGGCUAAUACAGACCUGAAUGCGUGCCUGACCGCCACCGAGCAGUGCGUGUCCGUGGUGCUCGUCUCGCUCGGCCUCCUCGUGGUCUAUCCGCUGGCCUUCGACGCCAGCCAGGUCGUGCACAUCCCGUACAGGCAGCUCGCCUCCUCGCUCGCCUCCACAAAGCGGCGGUGGAGGGGGCGGCUGCACGUGGCCGUGCUCUCCGUCUUCGCCGUCACCGUCUUGUCGAACCUCUUCGCACGGCCAGACCCGUCGAGUGCGAGCCUGCAGGGCGCGCGGUCCGUCCUCCUCCCCCGCGUCACCCUGGUCGCCUCCGCCUGCUUCGCCCUCCUCGUCCUCGCGACCGGCGCGGGGCUCGCCUGCCUGCUGCCCGGCCAGCCGGCAAAGAACCGCACCUCGAUGAUCCUCGAGGUUGGCAUCCGCGAUAUCGCCCUCGCGCUGCCGCUCCUCACCUUCGGGCUGCCCUCCCUCCCCCUCGCCGAGCAGCUGCAGGUCCUGUGCGCCGCCCUCUUCGCCGCGGCGCUCACCAAUGCGGGCACUGUCGUGGUGGCCCUGGCCUACGGCGCGCCUACAUGGUCGCUGGUGAGGCAUUGCAAGCGAGCGAAGCCGGACGACCCGGCGGCGGAGACCCGAUCCGACACCUCGGACGAGGGGAGCGGGCUCACGGCUCACAUGCAGCUAUAG